AAGUAUAUAUUGCAGCUGGAGCCGGAGGUCAACACCUCUAUGACCCAGAUACGUGAACACAACAACAAGCUGUCAACAGUAAUAGCUAGCUGAGAAGGGCGUCUAGCUAGCUACCAACUUGAGACAUGGACAACUCUAACACUAACAUUCCACUGGACAAAGUAUGGGAGAGCUUUGUGGCUGCUGAAGAGUUAUCGAAGAUCUUAGACGUGUUUGAAGGCCUCAAGGAAAGACUUGACCUCAGUACACUGACUGGCCUGCCACUGUUUGAGGCACUCAAGCUCAAGCUAGGCACUCAGAAGACAUGGAAGGCUAGAGAUGUGCUGGACCUGCUGGAUAAGAGAGCUAAGCAGAAAGAGUUCAUGGGCCAGAGAGCAGCGUCGACUGUUCGAGUGUUUGUAGUUGGCUCCGGUCCAGUGGGUCUACGACUAGCCAUUGACGCCAGCCUCCUGGGGUCAGAAGUCGUAAUCAUAGAGAAGAGGAGCUCGUUCUCUCGUCAUAAUGUCCUCCAUCUGUGGCCAUUCACCAUCGAGGACUUGAGGCAGCUCGGAGCGAAGAAGUUCUAUGGGAAGUUCUGUGCUGGAGCCAUCGAUCACAUUAGUAUAUGGCGUCUGCAGACUAUUCUACUGAAGCUCUGUCUCCUUCUUGGAGUGCGAAUGUAUCCCAAUGUCGAGUUCCUACAAGUACUAGAACCUGACGAUGACCUAGCUUGGCAUGCCAGUCUAAACCCACCCACUCACUUCCUGAAUAGCUAUGAAUUUGACGUGUUCAUCGGUAGCGAUGGAGCAAGAAAAAACAGGAUUCCUGGUUUUGAUCGAAAGGAGCUACGAGGGAAACUAGCACUGGCUAUCACCGCUAACUUCAAGAAUUACUAUACCAGAGACGAGGCCGCUGUGGAGGAGAUCAGUGGAGUGGCGUUUAUCUUCAAUCAGAAGUUCUUUAAGGAUCUGAAGAGUGAGACAGGCAUUGAUCUUGAGAAUAUUGUCUACUACAAGGAUGACACUCACUACUUUGUGAUGACGUCCAAGAAGGAGAGCCUGCUCAAGAAGGGAGUUCUGAAGAGGGACUAUCCCGACACUCGUCAGUUGCUGGCCCCAUCCAACAUUGAUAUGGAACAGCUGUAUGCUUACUCCACCGAGGCCGCUGAUUGGUCCACUGACCUGCCACGUCUCGACUUUGCCACUAACCAUCACGAUAAGCCUGAUGUUGCUCUCUUUGACUUCACCUCGAUCCAUCAAGCAGAGUAUGCAGCAAGAGCCAUCCACCGUGGAGGUCGCGACCUCUUCAUCUGUCUGGUUGGGGAUGCUCUGCUUGAGCCUUUCUGGCCAACUGGCACUGGGAUUGGCCGUGGGUUCCUGAGUGCCAUGGAUACAGCGUGGUUGAUACGGGGUCUGGGGCAGGGCAGGACCACACUGGACCUCCUCUGUGAGAGAGAGGCCAUCUUCCAGAGACUACCUCAAACCACUCCCGAGAAACUGAAUCCUCAUAUCAAGAAAUACACUAUUGACCCUCAGACUCGGUACCCCAAUCUGUCCUUCCAUCGAAUUCGUCCGGGUACCAUAACGCAUCUCUACGAUAUAGGGGGGAGCAGCUCCAACAGUCCUGCUCUGCGACCAGGUUCCAUCAAGGUUAAGAGGACGGCAGAGGCAGCUGGCAUCACGCCCACACAAAACAGCACAGCAAAAACUUCCCCUCUGGUAAUAUCCACCACCUCUCAAGAAAAGGAGAACUUACCUCAGUCCAAGAGAGCUAAGGAGGAGAGUUUAUUGAGCACGCCCAAACGAAAGGCAUUGGCUGACAAGAGCUCCAUCUCACUAGCCUAUUAUGCUGAGCCGGAGGAGACACGUAUGCUGAGGGAUCCGGGAGUGUUGCUACGCUGGUGUCAAGGGCAAGUCAGAGAUUAUAACGUUCGGAUCAUUGACCUUCACAAAUCAUGGAGCAAUGGAAUAGCCCUCUGUGCUAUCAUUCAUCGCUAUCACCCAGAGCUCAUUCCAUUCUCCAAACUCUCUCCGAGUGAAUCCAUUGAAAACAAUCGCCUUGCGUUCUCAGUAGCCGAGGAGCAUCUGGGUGUGAGUAAGCUGCUCAAACCAGAGGAGAUGGCACGCCCCGACAAACUCACACUGUUUACUUACCUCAGUCUCUUCUAUGAACUGUUUGUAAAUGCCGAGCCAGCAGAGGGGGUUAGCAUGGAUGUAACUCCACCCCCUGGAUCUGAAACCCCGCCCAGUUCUGAUAUGAGCAGCCGAGAGUCGUCUCCCAUGGCGGAAGAGGAGGCAGAAAAGAGUGGAAAGAAGUCUCGGAAGGGUAGUCUGUCUCGACUAUCCAAGAAAUUAUUCAGGAGGCGGACUUCAAAGAGACUUGGGUUGUCCCCCUCAUCUGGUGACCGAAGUUGGAACACCAAGAGUGUUAAGAGGCCCACCAUGUCUCCACCCACCAGCCCCACCUCUCCCACACUGCAGACAGUGCCAGAGAUAUCCAAGGCCACAGUCACCACUCGUCCCAAGCAGCUCUUCCAGCCUCACUCUGGAGACUCUUCAGAUUUCUGUUACUUUUGCAACAAGAGAGUCUACCUCAUGGAGAGAAUGUCGGCCAACGGUUGUUUCUUUCAUAGGUCAUGUUUUCGAUGUACUCACUGUAACUGUCAGCUCAAGAUCGGUGGCUACUCACUCUCUAAAGGGGAAAGUGGGGAGAAGGGAAAGUUCUUCUGUACGGCUCAUUAUCGCCAGCUGUUUAUGUCCAACCCCGAGGCUAUUGGGUAUCAGAGAGCAGACGCUAAGGACGCUAAGAGGGAGUCUCGUAGUAGCAGUAGCGAGUUGAACGAAGUAGCACAAUCGAAGGAGCCCUCCCCCACUGACAAUGUAGAGGCUGAAAAGGAUGCUAAAAAGAAAGCUAAAAGCAAAAAGAAAAGUGUCAAAGAAUCUAAAUCUGAGAAGAAGGAAGCAAGCUCUGAGGGAGGCGAUAAAGACAAAAAGAAAGAAGUUGAAGGAGGCGACAGCGAGAAAAAAAAGAAGAAGAAGGAAAGUAAAAAGAAACAGAAGAAACCAGAGGUAUCUGAAGAGGAGCCCAUAAUGAUAAUAGAGCCCCCAGCUGUGGUGAAGGAUGAGGUUGAGGACUCUCCUCGUGCCCGCAGUGCUAGCAUGGUAAAAACUCUCUCCCAGGGUUUCGAACAGUUGGAGAAGCAUGCCAAGACCACAGAGAUACAGCCAGGAACAGAGGGGAGAGAGAAGGCUAAACAGAUGUUGUCCCACGAGUUACCAGUGCCAGAUAUGCCCUUCAAACUGGAGGUGAUCAGUGAGGAGGAGGGAGGUGUGCUACGGAGGUCGCAUAGAGAGCGCAGCCCCGCCAUGUUCAGGAACUCUGUACAAAAGCUACCAGAGGACAAUUUCCACCUACCACGAGGUUCUAGUGUGACGAGUCCCAAAAGGAGAGGUGGGCGUGGUCAGAAGAGUGUCACCAGACCUCUCAUAGGAAACUAUGACACAAGUGACGUCGCUAUACUGGAGCGUCGUAGACAACAGCAGAGAUUCCGAGAUGCUCAGCUGACCCAGCGAGAGAUGAGUCAGCUGGAGAGACAAUAUGAUGAACUAGAGAUAGUGGGUCGAGAGAUAGAGGAAGCUCUCAGAGACGCUGAAGACACAUCUCAAGAGGAACAGUUCAUGCGAUCGUGGCUACAGCUGGUCAACGAGAGGAACGGGCUCGUCAGGAAGACAGCUGAGCUUAGUCUAAAGAUGAAAGAGCUGGAGUUGGAGGACAGACAGUAUGAGGUAGACAAGGAGCUGGGUGACCUCUCUACUGCUGGCCAGCUCACCAAGACUGAGGAGGAGCGCUUCGAGGAGCUCUGUGAACUAAAGAUCAAGAUUGUGGAGGAGAGACACGAGGUUGUCAUGCAGACAGAGGACGAGAGAAGGAGAGAACUUGAGGAAGACACAAUCAAUGAAGACUUCUGUAACAAUGACGAAGGCUAUGCCAUUGUGACAGCUGAAGAGUCACCACGAGCACGACGUCCCUCAGCCCCGGCAGAUAUGAUGAAGGCGCAUCAAGUGGAGGAGAUACUGCAGAAGAGCAAACCAAAGUCGCGAGUCAAGUCCUGGUUGGGAUUUGGUCAAUAGGGAACUAAAAUUGUGUUUAUAAGUUUAUUUUUGACUUUGUACAGUCAGUCCAGCACUUCAAUUGCCACAUUAGCUAAUGCCUUUUUGCUGCAUCACUUUUUGUACUUACAUGUAUAAUUAAUUAUGGAGACUAUAA